AUGGAACUGUCGAGGCAGGAAUAUCCGGCAUUGUUGACUGUGUUGCAGCCGAACCAGGCCACGACCGUCCUCAAUGACCGCAUUCGUCUGAUCAACAAGGUCAACGCCGAUAUUGCGGACUGGCUACAGGAACGGAGGCGUAUUGAAGAAACAUACGUCCAAGGCCUUCGGAAACUCGCCAGAAGGCCGCAACUAGAAGGAGGUGCCUCUCUGGGCGUUUUCCAACUACCCUGGAAUCGCAUAACUGCCGCUACCGAAGCGCUUGCCGCUUCUCAUGAAGUGCUCGCAUCGAAAAUUGAAGAUGACGUGGAAAGGCCGCUGAGAGAUUAUGGAUCGAAAAACAGGGAGCUCAGCUCAAUGCCUACCGUACAAGCUGAUUUGACAAAUCUAGCAAAAAGCUUGGAUACCGCGCAGAAGAAGUUAGAUAAGGCUAAGGAGAAAGGCUCUCGGGGAGCAGACAAAAUUGCAGCAGCCUCCUCUGCCGUGACCGAGGCUACUCAACAAUGGGAAUCGCGGGCUCCGUUUGUCUUCGAACAGCUUCAAGCCAUUGAUGAGAGCAGACUCAAUCAUCUUCGAGAUGUUCUUACUCAGCUGCAGACCCACGAGACAGAUCAAAUUGAACGCACUCGACAAACCGCAGAAAGCUGUUUGAAUGCGUUGCUGAAUGUGCAGACAGAGGACGAGAUCAAAACAUUUGCUGCAAGAUUAAAUGGAGGACGAGAACCCACACUAAACCGAGGCAAUACGGUGCCUGCUGCCGCUGCCGCACCGGCUCCUGCGCAUAGUGAUGUUGCUGAACUCCCUCCGCCUCCCCCGAUUCAAGAUGAUGCAGCCAGCCAAUAUUCAAACCGAUCAGGUCGUGUUGUCCGUGAGCCUCCGCCAGUCCCCGAACCCAGAAAUACGCCAAGGAUGGGUGGUCUCCGCAGGUUGGGCACCGUGAUGAACCGCCGAAAGAGCGUCGUCCUAGGCUCUGGCAUGUCACUUCCAUCUUCUGAAAAGAAAAGCCGGCCAGCUUUCGGGUUCCGCCGCGGUGAUUCAUCUCAGAAUGUGCAUGCACAGCUUCCAUCCACUCCUCCAGGCCGAGACACUCACAGUAUCGCUAGCGAAUCCAUAGGUAGUCCGUCUGGUACAAUACCUGCAAGUCGGGAUACUCAUGCACCUGAGGAUUCCACCGUUAUUACUCCAAUCCCAGAAACAGCAGAAACGAUCGCAACUACAAACGGACUGGCAUCCACUCAUACUGCCGCUGAGCUUCCUUCAACGGCAACGAAUCAGGUUCAGGUGGACUCGGAAGGAUAUUCUGAAAGGCCUCGGCUUCUUGACGAUAUUACGCAGGCCCAGAGAGAAGCAUCAGGGCUCGAUGACACUGGUCUCAAUUUGACAAUCCGAGAUCAGCCAAUUCAUGAGGAUGAAACUCAAGCCAAGCAGGCCAUGGACGACAUGGCAAAUACUCUACGCAUGCAAGGCUUGCAGUCUGGGAUGAGACGAAACGCGAGCACUAUUCGUGGCCGUCGUGAUGUACGGAACACGGCAUUUAUAGCACCAUCCACAGCCUCGGAAAUUCUCCCCCCAACAGUGUCUCGUACAUUACCAGCUACCUCUCCUAGUGAAGAACCCGAAGCGUCUACUCCAGUAGCAGCAGCCACCUUGUCUAAGGCAGCAGCAAGCCCAUCCCAUGAGGAACGGGCGAUGUCAGACACGACGUCAAUCCAUUCUUCGCACACCUUGCAUGCUAUAUCAGGCCCUGUUUCUCAUCCAGAACUGCAUGAGCCUGGUUUAAAUGCAUCUAUAAUUGAAACAGUGAACAGUUGGUUUGAAAGUGGUAACGUCACCAAGUCAUUCGUCGUUGGUGAACUUGCACUGGCAUACAAUGCCACGGGGGGCUCAACUACGUCCGAAAGUACUGUUCGCCUAGACAACUUUGCCUUGCUCGAAAAAGUCGCGGCAAACCCUCAUUUUGUGACUGAAGUAUCUACGACUAAUGACGACAAAAGAGGAGAAUACAACGUCACUUUGGACAAAAUUGCUCGCUCCAUUCCGACAGUUGCCUUCAAGUAUCAAUUACAUCUCGCGCCCACGAAUCUGUCAUCAUAUUCGCCAGUCUUGUUUAGGCCGGUGUGGCACAUUGAAGAGUUUCAGGCCAGCGUUAUCGUCUUCUAUUCUGUGAAUCCGGCCUUCAUGAGCACUGUCGCGUCGACUUCGAUCUUUUUGAAGAAUGUCGUGAUCACGGUCAACUUGAACCUUAGUUCAGAGGAUGAAAUCACCAAGCAACCUCGUGAAGUGGUGCGUGCGACAAGCGCCGUCAUGUACCCCAACACAGGCGCCUUGUUUCGCCGCAAGCAAUCUGCAGUUGUAUGGAAAAUACCUGAACUAGAAGUUCGAGCCGGAGGAGAAGAGAAAUUCCUGGCCCGAUUUACAAGUUCAGCCAGCUGGCCACGCCAAGGCAAGGUCGAAGCGAAAUUCGAGCACCAUACAACCGAUUCAUCAUCUCGCUUAAGUCUGAGUGUCGCCGAAAGCGCAGCGCUAGCUGCUGCGGAACAUGACCCGUUCGCUGAUGAAGGCGCUGCAACGUCUACAUCAGCGUCGACAAGCACUACAUGGAAAGAAGUGCACACAGCGCGCAAACUAGUUGCCGGGAAAUACGUUGCAGUCUAA